AUGCAGAAUACACAAAUUGUUGUAGUUUGGUCCAUCAGUGGAUUUAAACAAGUGAAGGAGUUGAAGAAAAAUUUGGAGAAUGCACAGCAUGAUUUGGUGACGUUGCGUGAUCGUAGCACUGACUUGCACUGGCAAAGCGGGAAAAUUUUCGUCGAGAAAAAACUGCUCACACCUGUUGAAAACGAUACGAAACGUAUUCAAAUGCUGACGGCAACAUUCGAAGCCGAAAAACAGGUGAUCACAUGGCUGUAA